AUGAGUAUACUAUUGUUAUCAGUACGGAUACUGAUUCAAAUGGAGCCUUUCGAUGUUGUAGGGAUGGAUUUGAGACGGGCUAGGAGGAAUUUGCAACUGGUAGGCGAGCUAGAGAAUGAAGAUGAUAACUUGGAGCAACGAAAUGUGGCUGAUACUCAGGUGCCGGAAGAGAUGGGGUUUUCUUCUCCUCCAGAAUCAGUGUUUGUGAGUACUCAGGUUCAGAGUAGGUUGGAUGAUGUGGAACAGGAAGAGUCUGUGAAGGGUCUGUUGAAGCGGUUUAAAUACGAGGAUGAAGAACCAGGGGAAUCAAAGAAGGCACAUGGAAUUAAGAGGAAGAAACCUACUCAGAAGCGAAAGCAUAAGAACAUUGAUGAGUAUGGGGAUUCGAAAGGUGGAAAAUUAUUGAAACAGUUGUCGGGAAAGCAUAAAAAAGUAAAGGAUAUGAUUAAUUCUCAAAGGAAGAAGACAAGUGUUAGAGGCCACUCUCAAUACGAUACGUAUAACGCGGAGGAAUGGGGAUAUAUUCAUCAAAAGAUUCUAAAGAGAUUUCCGCAGAGUGGAGCUAGUGAAAUGAAGCAAGUUUUUCACCAUAUAUAUGGCGAAGUUGGGUGUGACCUGUGGUCAGCUUCUCAGCAACCUCCAGAAGGUGAUGAUUCUGUCCUGGAGCCCGUGCCUAUAGGGAAGGCUGCGGGGAAUCAUGAAGUUAACGUACUGACACUGUCGCAAGUAAUGAGUGACAAAAGUAUUGUUGAGCCCGAGGAUGACGAGAAUGAUGACUCCACGAUACCGGAUAGUACAGACGAUGCGAGUAUUGUGAUACCGAUAAGCGAUCAUGUUGAAACACAAUUCUAUACUCCGAGGACUACUCCACCAGAUGAGAUUAUAGAUCUGACCCAAGAGUCUUUUAAAGUGGUAAAGAGUCUAAUAUCGCCGUUGAAAGAUGCGGACACACCACUAGUUCAGGUUCCGGCAACUAGAACCUCAACAGUCAGGUUCCAACCACCUUGUGCAGAUCCGGCCAAGUGCCUUACGGUGAAGUUACCCAGGCGACAAGUGGCGUUGCUCAAAGAGAAGCUUUCGAGCAAGUUCGAUAUUGCAGAGGAAAAUGGCGGGGUGCUCGAUACGGAAGUCGAAGAUCUCGAUCAGUGCACUUUUUACUUACAACCCAAGGUGCGAUCUCCUAUCAAGGAGGUCUCAAAGCUAGCUACACAGUCGGCUCAAAAGCUGCGACAGAGCAUCAAGAUCAUAGGUCUGAAACCUUCAAGGUCCAAAUCCCAAAUGAUCGCUUCACUAGAAGCAGCUUCGCAAGUAUUAGACAGCUCAGUAACAGAGCUAGAACAACGACAGCUUAUCUACGAGAAUUUGACCACGCUCGUCCAAGCGUGUCCUAGCCUAUUGGAACGCAUAUACACGUUUCAGCCCAUAUCUGUCGAGGACCUACUAGCCAAACUAAUAAAGGCAAAUCCGUUCGUUGAUCAAAUCGAUGAGGUGACAAUACGUACAUGGGCCGACUUGCAAGGAAUAUGUCUAACUAAUAGCUAA